AUGAAGGACCUGUACACUUUCGAUUACAGUGCGGAGAAGGCCCUUGAGACAUAUCGCGCUGUGAAACAUGCCUAUACCCAAUUAUUUGAUGAACUGAAGAUUCCAUACCUUGUCGCAGCAGCAGACUCAGGAAACAUGGGAGGCAAUCUCAGUCACGAGUAUCACUUCAUCAGUGCCAAGGGCGAAGACCGGGUCGUGAGCUGCUCAAACUGUGACCAUGUAUACAAUGAAGAGCUUGCAGACGGCAAGAGUCAUAGUUUCCCCGAAGCAGUCGGGAAGGGCUCUGUACCUGGCUUCCAGACAGAGGAGGAUGUCCCCGUUGAAGUUGGCUCAACAGUCUCAACCGGUAUGUGGAUGGCCAUUUCGCACGAUGGGAAUACUCUUCUUCGGGGCUGGUUCCCCAAAUUCUCGUUGAAGAAUGGGUUCACCGAGCCGGAGGAGCGUCACGUCAACUCCCAUGCCGCCAAGGCAAUUGCAACAGCCGCAGGCAUCGACCUGGACCUCAGUGUGGAGAACCCGUUGGAGAAGUGGGUUGCCCAUGUCAAGUCUCGCAAAUCGUCCGAGAAGCCUCGUGUGCUUGACUUGUACGACUCGCAAGUGCGGGUAUACCAACGCCCGCCGCUCAGUGAUCUUCUCCAACAGUCCGGCUGCACUGCUGCAGAUAUUGAGUACACCAUGAUGGACCGUUUCCCUGGGACCUCAAACAAGCUCAGCCUUGUCCGAGUCCACGACGGAGACCGAUGCUCGCAGUGUGGGGAGGGCAUUUUGACCAGCAACCCUGCUGUCGAACUCGGCCAUACUUUCCAUCUCGGCACGCGGUACAGCGAAGUCCUCAAUGCCUCAGUGUCCGUCAACUCGGCCGUGCUUGAUGGAUCCGCUGAAUCGGGAGGCAAGUCUAGUAAAGAGCUAAUCGUCCCUAUGCAGAUGGGCUGUCACGGAAUCGGAGUUUCGCGCAUGAUCUCAGCCGUUGUGAACCGGCUGGCAGAUGACAAGGGAUUGAACUGGCCUCGGGCCAUCGCUCCUUUUGAGGCUGUUGUGGUUCCUGGCAAGGGAUUGGACUCGGUAGCUGAAGAAGUCUAUGACAGUCUCACCUCAGGGAGUCUGAAACCUGUGGACACUCUUCUCGAUGACCGUGACAAGGGCAUGGGCUGGAAACUGGGCGACGCUGACCUGAUCGGCUACCCAGUCAUCGUGGUAGUUGGCAACGGCUGGAAGAAGAACCAGGCCCUGGAAGUACAGUGCCGCCGUCUGAGUGUCAAAGAGGAUGUUUCCCUCGAGGAUCUUCCCUCGUUUGUUCAAGGCCUGCUCUCUCAGCUGUGA